ACAAUAGUUACAAUAAAAAGUGAUUUGCCUUUAAUGUUCAAACAUACAGUACUGUCUCUCAUUCCAAGCGUAAAAUGACUGUUCUGUUGAGACACUAUUCCACACUCAUGCAGCUACAAUUACAAAAAACGUCAGUAAUGUACAAGCAGAACUACUAAUGAUCCCCAAGGGAUGUAAAGUGUGUACAUGCUUUGAACCCUUUUAGCUUUUUAUUGUCUAUAGGCCUAAAUCUAAAGGAACCAAGUAACAAGUGUAAAGCUGUAUCUGUUGUUGGUAAAACUGCCAAAAGUGCCUGACAUCAUCUUUCCAUCUAUCAGUCUGAAGUUGAUUUGCUGCCAUGCCGGUGCACCGUGACCGGGAGAAGAAGGAGAGUACAGCAGAGGAGAUGGAGGUGGAAGAGCAGGAACAAGAGGCAUCCAGCUCAGAGGAGGAGGAUUCUGACACCUCCUCUGUCUCUGAGGAUGGAGACAGCUCAGAAAUGGAUGAGGAGGACUGUGAGCGGAGGAGGAUGGAGUGUCUGGAUGAAAUGUCCAACCUGGAGAAACAGUUCACUGAUCUCAAAGACCAGCUGUAUCGAGAGCGUCUCAGUCAGGUAAACAGCAAGCUCGCAGAGGUGGAGGCUGGCAGGGCGGCAGAAUAUCUGGAGCCUCUGGCAGUACUGCUGGAGAACAUGCAGGUCCGCACCAAAGUGGCAGGAAUCUACAGAGAGCUGUGUCUGGAGUCUGUGAAGAACAAGUAUCAGUGUGAGAUCCAGGCAGCGUGCCAGCACUGGGAGAGUGAGAAGCUGCUGCUGUUUGAUACAGUACAGAGUGAACUGGAGGAGAAAAUUAGAAGACUGGAGGAGGACAGACACAGCAUAGAUAUUACAUCAGAGCUGUGGAAUGACGAGUUGUCAGGGAGGAAGAAGAGGAGAGAUGCUUUAAGUCCUGACAAGAAAAGGAGACGACCAUCAGUGGUGUCUGGUCCAUAUAUUGUCUAUAUGCUACCUGACCUGGAUAUUCUGGAGGACUGGACAGCCAUUAGAAAGGCUGUGGCCACGCUGGGUCCCCACAGAGGGAAGACAGACGCUGACAGCUCUGUGUUCCCAUUCAGACCAGACAGAAACAGACCCAUACUAAACUGCUGAGGCACACACGUGCACACACACACACACACACACACACACACACACAUAUAUACACACAUACAUACAGUGACACAUUAGGAAACAAAGUCAAACACGUGAAAAUGCACACAGUGGACCAUUAGUCUGAAUCUUCCCACAAUCCACUACACCACUCAGCGAACAGCGACACCAGUCAGUAAGCUGCCUCUCGAGGGCUCACAGGUUUGAAUCCCUUCAAUGGACAAUUUGGAAUUGAAGCAUUUUUUCCAUUGAUGUAUUAGUUACCAGUACUGCCAUUCAGAAUCAGGCUUGGAGAUAAAAGAAGCUCCCCCUAUGGACAGACAGUUAUAAGCAGAUGUAGGAUUUAAUUCCAAAAUGAUACACCAUAUAGGAAAAAAACGUGUUUCAGUUUCACUGGACACAAAAACUUGAUGACUAUUGCCUUGAAAUUAAUGGAAGGCUAAUACUUUCAGUGGCACACAAAAUGACUCCAGGUAUGACAGAUGAUUUAACUAGGCCUUAAAUCGCGUUGACACAUUUCAUGUCUGCUACAUCAUUUCAGACUUUUUCAGUUUUUGACCUCUGAGCAUUAGAUUACAACAGUUUUUCUUCACAGUAGGUGUCACAUUUUGGAUUGAAAUCUCAGUCCUAGUUUACAUAUUGAACAGGUCCAUUCACUUGGUUCCAACCUCCCAGAACCUAGUAUUUGGUUGGGGGUGCUAAUGUCUUUACACAUUUAAGUAAAGCCACUGGCAUAAAGGCAGAUUUUUGUACGACCUAGUUAACACCCUGAGUACACAGUUACUUAGAACUGGUUGACAGUGUCAUGUGACAUUAAAAAAAAACAAAAACUUUUUUACAACUAGCAAGCUGGACACCGUCAAACGACCACACCUUGAGUCACAUGGAUUGUUUUCCCAAUUGUCUGAACAUUACAGUCACUAGUAGCUCAAGAGCCUUUGCAAACAUUUAAAUGUGGUUUUUGUUUGGCAGUACUGGAGCAUUCACAAGGUUUUCCUUCUUGGAGUAUUCAAACCAGGAAGUCACAGUCAUUACCUGCUCAUUGAUAAGGUCAGGCUCCACAUCACUGUGUGUAACUGUAAUAGAGAUUUUCAAUCAUAAACAUAGCAGGUUAUGGACCAAGUUCAUAUAUGAACUUCUCCAUUGUGUCAUGAAAUGUUUUAAAUUUUUGUUCUUUUUUUAAGUGGACCAGUUUAAAUGUACAAUAAUUACACUUUGUUAUGAUGUUUUGAACAGUUGGGUGAUCAUAUGACAGUUUGUACAGUUCUGUUGUUUCAGAGAGCAUUCAGCACUCAGCAGUGCCUCCAUUUGAAGUUCAGCUCAGGUUCAAUCUUAUCAUCAUGUUCUUUUGUUUGAGUAUUGCGUCUUACAUCUGUAGGACUUACAGUUAAGUCGCUCUGACAAACUUGGUGAUAACUCAAAUUCCACUUCCGUAGCAGUCAUCAUAAUAUGAGUUGCCAGAGACCAAGACAGAGUUAUGUCAAGACGUUCAGAGAGGAAUAAUACUUGAAAUUCGUGGAACGUCUUUCUUUUCUAACCACCAGUGCACCACCAUCUCUGUAAUACAGUGGGAAAACACGUAGCAAAAACAGGCAUACUUUCAAUAGAUCUUAGGGCAAGACCAUAUACAGUGUUAACAGGAUACCUGGGUAUUUUUCAUCUUUCUUGCCGUCAUCAAACUCUUUCAUAAAAGUCCAAUAGAUUUUUCAGUAUAAAGCCAGUUAUUUUAAUGAUGGUGACCAAGUUUCUCCUCUCUUAUUUAAUUAACCACUACAUCAGCAAUUGCAAAAAGUAUCAGUAGUGCAAUGACAUGGUAACCUCUUCAACGAAAUGAUUUUAACUGAAGGAUGCAUGUUACACAAUCAACGUAUGUUAAGGGUUAAGGUGAAAUACCAAUGGUAUCUCUUCAAAGUUGUUAUUCACCAGGUGUUACUACAUUAUCAUUCUCUUAUUGUACCUACCUCUGCUCUCUCUAUCAUACACUCGUUUAGAUACUCAUUCAUUACUCAUGAACAUCUAAAUGUUUCCAUCUUUCUGACCUGACAGGAAUUAUUUUUUAGGAUUAUUUUUUAAAGCCUGCAGGGAAGGUGGCUAAUUGUAACGAUGGGGAAGGAACCAAACCAUGUCUUUCCAAUCCCACCCCUCCACUGAUUCACAAACUGCCAAUUAAUAGUGUUGAUUUUUAUAAACUCUGUUUUUUUUUGAUUACGGUGGUGGGGAUGUGAAAUAUUCAAAUUGAUAUUUUUUGACAGUUUAUAAUGUUAAAUAAUGUGUCAGGUACGUUUGCGUCUUUUUUGUUAAUGAUGUGGAUGGGUUUUACAAAUAAACGUUUUAUAAUUA